AUGGCCGUCGGGAAAAACAAGAGAAUCUCCAAGGGAAGAAAGGGAAGCAAGAAGAAGCUUGUUGAUCCUUUCUCCAAGAAGGAUUGGUAUGAUGUUAAGGCUCCAUCAAGCUUCACCCAGAGAAAUGUAGGAAAGACUCUCGUCUCCAGAACUCAGGGCACCAAAAUUGCCUCGGAAGGACUGAAACACAGAAUCUUCGAGGUUUCUCUUGCUGAUCUUCAAGGCAAUGAAGAUUACUCUUACAGGAAGAUCCGUCUCAGAGCUGAAGAUGUCCAGGGAAGGACUGUUUUGACCCAAUUCUGGGGCAUGGACUUCACAACCGACAAGCUCAGGUCCUUGGUUAAGAAGUGGCAGACUUUGAUCGAGGCUCAUGUUGAUGUUAAAACCACAGAUGGCUUCACUUUGAGGUUGUUCUGCAUCGGUUUCACCAAGAGACGUGCAAACCAAGUCAAGAGGACUUGCUAUGCUCAAUCCAGCCAAAUCCGUCAGAUUCGCAGGAAGAUGACGGAGAUAAUGGUUAGGGAAGCUUCGUCUUGUGACCUUAAGGUGCUAGUGGCAAAGCUUAUUCCAGAAGCUAUUGGCCAAGAGAUUGAGAAGGUUACACAGAGUAUCUACCCUCUUCAGAACGUUUACAUCCGUAAAGUCAAGAUCCUUAAGGCUCCCAAAUUCGACCUAGGAAAGCUCAUGGAGAUUCACGGAGAUGUCACUGGUGAGGAUGUUGGUGUCAAGGUAGAGAGGCCAGCCGAUGACGUGGUCGAGGAACCCACUGAACUCAUUGGAGCUUAA